AAUACUACUUGUGUGAAAAAAGCAGGUGACACAACGACUAGUGUCGUGAUAACAGUCGACCAACAGACUGAAAUCAAGCCAGUGCAACCGUCUCUAGCAUCAUUAAGUCAACAGUAGGAUUGAGCUGCUCUACAGGUUCGAGAUGGUAUAUGUCUAUACUACGGUUUUCAUUCUUGUGACAAGCCAAUUUUGGCUUGCAAAAGGUUUUGACCCGCCAUUGAAUAUGAAUGAGUUCAACCAUGAACUCGAAGCUGAAUUCGCUGCUAUGGAUACUGAUAAAGACAACGUCGUCAGUGAAAGAGAAAUGGAAACAUAUGUGCUACAGCAAGACUAUAACAAUGAUGGAUGUAUAACAUUCGUUGAAUUUAUGAAGAAUCGUAUUCACGAUACUCUCAUGUUUUCUUGGACCCUUUUCAAUCAUUUCGACCAUAAUGAUGAUGACUGUCUUGCGUCCUGGGACGAGAUUCAAGAGUUCGAUGAAAUUGACUUAAAUCCGAAAGACUCGGUGUUUACACUGGCGGAAUUUGAAGUGUACUAUGAUAAGUUAUACAAAAAGAUGGGACUACCAAUGAAGCCUUGACUUUUACAUGGAUAAAUACUUAUUAUAAAUAAAUUAUCAUAUCUAAAAACGUGUAC